GCGCGCUCUCGCGAGACGGCGCCGCGCCUGCAGCAGACGGCCCGACACAGACAGACAGACAGACAGACAGGCAGCGAUGGCGUUACUGUGCAGAGCCGCUGUGGCUUCGCUCUGUGCGCCCCGGAUUCUGCCUUCUGUAUUAGUUGCAGCCCGGGUGAGCGGCGCAGGGGCUCAGUACCAACACAUCCUGGUGGGAAAGAGGGGUGAGCGGGAGAACGUGGGGUUCAUCCAGCUGAACCGCACGAAAGCCCUGAACGCAUUGUGCGACGCGCUCAUGAAGGAACUCGGUCAGGCUCUGGAUGAGUUUGAAAACGACCCAGCAGUUGGAGCCAUUGUCCUCACGGGAAGUGAAAAGGCUUUUGCAGCUGGCGCUGACAUCAAGGAAAUGGAGAACAAAACAUUCCACGAUUGCUACACUGGAAACUUCCUGUCCCACUGGAACCACGUGGCCACAACCAGGAAGCCUGUGAUUGCAGCUGUCAACGGCUAUGCUCUCGGAGGAGGCUGUGAGUUGGCCAUGAUGUGUGACAUCAUCUAUGCAGGUGACAAGGCACAGUUUGGACAACCGGAAAUCCUGCUCGGAACCAUUCCAGGUGCCGGAGGAACUCAGCGACUGACCAGAGCUGUAGGGAAGUCACUGGCGAUGGAAAUGGUCCUUACCGGAGACCGGAUUUCUGCUCAGGAGGCCAAAGCAAGUGGGCUUGUUAGCAAAAUAUAUCCAGCGUCUCAAGUGGUGGACGAAGCCGUCAGAUGCGGGGAGAAGAUAGCUUCCAAUUCGAAACUCAUCACAGCAAUGGCAAAAGAGGCAGUGAAUGGCGCUUUUGAAUUAACGUUGGCGGAAGGAAAUCGACUAGAGAAACGUUUGUUUCAUGCGACCUUUUCCACUGUUGAUCGGAAAGAAGGAAUGAGUGCAUUCGUUGAAAAGCGGAAGGCUAAUUUCACCGACCAGUGAGUCGGAGUUGUUCCAGGAACAUAAACGGCUGGAAAUUGAACAGUUGAGAGCUGAGGUAAUGGAAAUGUGGACUUCUACAUACAUAAUUCCCCAUUUCAAAUAAAUACUAUGUUUCUAAUACUUAGA